AUGCCUUCUCCGCAGCAGGUCUAUCUGCUUCCCCUGAAAGAUGAUGGCUCUCCGGACGUCCCCGGCGGCUAUAUUUACCUGCCUCCACCGACCAAUCCCCCCUAUCUGCUUCGGUUCGUUAUCGAGGGAAGCAGUUCGAUUUGCAGAGAUGGGCUGUUAUGGGUGAAUAUGCCUGAGACUGAAAAGUCUUUUGACCGCUCCGUUUUUCAAAGUUUCAGAUUGCACCCGGACUUCAACAAGAACAUUCAGAUUGAUAUUGCUAUCACGUCGCCGGGAUCUUUUGCCUUCUACACCACAUUUUCUCCGCUUCCAGAAUUCUCCGUCUCUCCCGUCGCAACAAGGGCAACCGCAAGAACACCAACCCAUUAUGUAGAUGUAUCCCCAAGCCUGACACUCAAGGGGCGAGACCUCCCUCUCAAUGCUCUCUCAGUCUUUUCGGUCAUAUCCAAGUUCAUGGGGAAGUAUCCCACCGAUUGGGAGAGACACCUCGAAAGCAUCAGCAACCGCAAUUACAACAUGAUUCACUUCACGCCUUUGAUGAAACGUGGUGCAUCGAACUCCCCUUACAGUAUUUACGACCAGUUGACCUUUGAUGAAGCUUCGUUUCCAAACGGAGAAUCCGACGUUGCCCAAUUGAUUUCAAGAAUGGAAAAUAAGUAUGGUCUCUUAUCACUCACAGACGUGGUUUGGAACCAUACGGCAAAUAAUAGCAAAUGGCUUGAGGAGCACCCGGAGGCGGGUUAUAGUGUUGAGACGGCCCCCUGGCUUGAGGCAGCACUGGUCUUGGAUAAUGCUUUGCUGAAGUUCGGUCGUGAACUUGGCCCAUUGGGUCUUCCGACAGACUUCAAGACUGUUGAUGAUCUCCUGUCCGUCAUGAACGUGGCCAAGGACCGUGUCAUCCACGAACUGCAAUUGUGGGAGUUUUAUGUGAUUGAUGUGAAAGCAAACGCCCGGGAAAUCCUCGCCAAAUGGAAAAGCUCUGACAACAUAGACUUGACGAGGGAUCCAUGGUCGCAGUUUGAUCUCGCUGGAUACAAGAAUUGGACUCUCAAACAGCAGGCCGACUUCAUUCGUGCUCAAGCGAUACCAACAUACAAGCAAGUUCUCGGGAGGUUCGAGCGCGCGAUUGAUGUCAACAUUGGUGCGGCAGUCCUGACAGCUCUUUUCGGCUCCAAAGACCAGAUCGAAUCGGAUAAUACCGUAGAAGGGGCCCUGGUAGCAAUUCUCGAUGAAGUGAACUUGCCUUUUUAUAAAGAGUACGACGAAGAUGUCUCCGAGAUAAUGAACCAACUUUUCAAUCGCAUCAAGUAUCUUCGAAUCGACGAUCAUGGACCAAAGCUCGGCACCGUGACCGACGAGAACCCGUUGAUCGAGUCCUACUUCACUAGGCUACCACUCAAUGAAACCACCCAGCGCCAUAGCUCCAAGGCACUUGCGCUUGUGAAUAAUGGUUGGAUUUGGAAUGCCGAUGCAAUGCGGGACAAUGCUGGACCGGAUUCCAGGGCAUACUUACGCCGGGAGGUGAUUGUUUGGGGCGACUGCGUGAAGCUGAGAUACGGGUCCGGCCCCCAAGACAAUCCAUUCCUGUGGGAUUUCAUGACCCAGUAUACGCGCUUAAUGGCAAAAUACUUCUCAGGGUUUCGCAUUGAUAACUGCCACUCAACGCCCCUUGUCGUUGCUGAAUACCUGCUGGACGAGGCUCGAAAAGUUCGACCCAACCUUACUGUCUUCGCUGAGCUUUUUACGGGCUCCGAGGAAGCUGACUACGUGUUCGUCAAGCGACUUGGUAUAAACGCCCUUAUUCGAGAAGCUAUGCAAGCCUGGAGCACUGGGGAGCUAAGUCGGCUGGUUCACCGUCAUGGUGGUCGUCCUAUCGGGAGUUUUGAUGUCGACUUGCCGUCAGCUGGAAGUAGCCAUGCAUUGGUCUCUGCGAACCCCGAAAAUACGCCGGAGAGCCUAUCGCAUAUUCGACCGUGCCCUGUUCAGGCCUUGUUCAUGGAUUGUACUCAUGAUAAUGAAACUCCAUCGCAAAAGCGGACUGCAAAGGAUACCUUGCCAAAUGCCGCCCUGGUCUCGAUGUGUGCAUCAGCGAUCGGAAGUGUUAUGGGCUAUGACGAGAUAUACCCGAAAUUAGUAGAUCUUGUUCAUGAGGAACGACUUUAUUCGUCAGGGAGAUCGGAUCCUUCAAACCAGGGUACUCAGGCUUCCGAAGGCGGCAUUGGCACCGUGAAGACGCUCUUGAACAGACUCCAUACCAUGAUGGGGGUGGACGGAUACGAUGAAACCCAUAUUCAUCAUGAUGGCGAGUAUAUCACCGUCCACAGGGUACAUCCCAAAACUCGGAAAGGUGUCUUCCUCGUGGCACAUACCGCAUUCCCUGGUCAUGAAAGUCAGCCUCCCAUGGCGCCUACCCAUCUGACUGGUACUCAAGCAAAACAUGUCGGGACCUGGCUCCUGGAGGUCGAUGCGACAGACAAUGCGAAAAAUGAAACUCUAGCAGAUAAAUCAUAUUUGCGAGGACUGCCUAGUAUAGUUCGCGAAAUCGAGGGGGUUGCUAUCGAGCGUCGGGGAAACGACACAAUCAUUUCUGUGUUGGAAGCUUUCGUCGCUGGAUCCAUCGCGCUGUUUGAAACCUCUAUUCCAGAAGCUGAGCACUCCACGGGUCUAGCCAAUUACAUUAUUGAAGGUGCUGACCUUGCGUUUUCGAAACUCAGCCUAAUAGACCUGAACUUUGUGCUUUACCGUUGUGAUGCGGAGGAGAGAGACUCCAGUGGUGGCCAAGACGGGGUGUACAGCAUCCCGAACCAUGGACCUUUGGUUUAUGCCGGACUUCAGGGAUGGUGGAGCUUGCUUGAAAACAUCAUCAAAUAUAACGAGCUUGGGCACCCAUUGUGUGAUCAUCUACGACAGGGCCAGUGGGCUCUUGAUUAUAUAGUGGGACGCUUGAAGAAAGUUGCACAAAAAGAAGGAUACGAUGCUGUGCAUGACCCUGCUGUAUGGCUGCAAGAGAAAUUUGACGCUGUUCGCCAGCUACCGAAUUUUCUUCUGCCGAGAUAUUUUGCCAUCAUUGUCCAAGUCGCCUACAAUGCAGCCUGGAAAAGGGGGAUCCGUCUUUUGGGAAGUAACAUCCAGAAAGGACAGGAAUUUGUCCAUCAACUGGGCAUGGUUAGCGUGCAGCAAACAGGCUACGUGAAUUCUGCAUCUUUAUGGCCAACGAAAAGAGUUCCAAGCCUCGCGGCUGGUUUGCCACACUUUGCCACGGAUUGGGCAAGAUGCUGGGGUCGGGAUGUUUUCAUUUCUCUUCGGGGUCUAUUGCUGUGUACCAGCCGAUUUGACGAAGCCAAGGAGCACAUUCUUGCUUUUGCUAGUGUGCUCAAACAUGGCAUGAUCCCUAACCUUCUGGGCAGCGGAAAGCUUCCACGAUACAACUCACGCGAUUCGGUGUGGUUUCUAUUGCAAGCCAUUCAAGACUAUACAGAAAUGGCACCAGAUGGACUGCAAAUAUUGAAUGAACAGGUUCCGCGCAGGUUCUUACCGUAUGACGACACCUGGUUCCCAUUUGAUGAUCCGCGGGCGUACUCUCAACACUCGACAGUUUCCGACAUCAUUCAAGAGGUCUUCCAACGCCAUGCCAGCGGGUUGUCGUUCCGGGAAUACAAUGCGGGACCGGAAUUAGAUGUGCAAAUGAAGGCAGAGGGCUUUCAGAUAGACGUCGCUGUCGACUGGGAGACAGGAUUAAUAUUUGGAGGUAGUCAGUCCAAUUGCGGAACAUGGCAAGACAAAAUGGGCGAGAGCGAGAAUGCUGGAAACAAGGGCUUUCCUGGGACGCCACGAGACGGUGCAGCCAUUGAAAUCACUGGUCUGGUUUAUAGUACCCUGAAAUGGGUCACCAGUCUCCAUCAAAGGGGCCUCUAUCCUCACGACAAGGUCCAAGUAGACGAUAAAUCAGUAACCUUCGAUGACUGGGCUGGAAGAAUCAAAAACAGCUUCGAGCGUUGCUAUUACGUGCCCCUUGAUCCGAGUGAGAACAGUCAGUACGAUGUUGAUUCCACAAUCAUCAAUCGCCGCGGCAUAUACAAGGAUCUAUACAGAUCCGGGAAGCCGUAUGAGGACUACCAGCUUCGAUCGAACUUUCCCAUUGCUAUGACGGUAUCACCAGACCUGUUUACCCCUACCAAAGCCUUGGCUGCUCUCGCUCUUGCAGAUACUGUGCUUGUCGGCCCUAUGGGAAUGGCCACGCUCGAUCCAUCUGACUUGAAUUAUCGGCCCAACUACAACAACUCGGAAGAUUCAACUGAUUUCGCGACUUCCAAGGGUAGGAACUAUCACCAAGGUCCUGAGUGGGUCUGGCAGCGCGGUUACUUCCUCCGAGCUUUCCUCUACUUUGAUCUUGCUCGAAGGAAGACACCUGAGGAAAGAACCGAAGCUUACCAGCAAGUGACUCGCCGGGCGGUGCACAUUGCGCAGACUCGCCGCGUGCCCAUAUGCAUUAACAAAGACCUUUACUUUAACUCGGACCGAAACUACUACAUCUAUAAUCGUGUCCUAUCGAGAGCCAUGUCUCUCAGCGAGUCUGCCGCCACAGCUGUGCUGUCAGUUGCAGCUGUGGCGAGCGACACACCGGGGGGAGGACACCAACCGCGGUGGGACGAUCAAACGAGAGGUCAACGCGACCUUUACACGCAGCUUGUGAUUAGUGUUGCGGUGGGGUUAUCCGCAUUCAUGGCAUUCUGCGUUUUGCGACCGAAAUGGACAGAGCUGUAUGCCGCACGCAGGCGACAAUGCGGUGCGGCAUCGCAUCUACCAGAACUUCCUGAUAGCUUCUUCGGAUGGAUACCGGUUCUACAUAGGAUAACUGAAGAGGAGGUGUUACAUUCUGCUGGCUUGGAUGCGUUUGUUUUCCUUUCCUUUUUCAAAUUUGCGAUCCGACUUCUCUCCGGGGUGUUCAUUGUUGCCUUGGUAAUAAUUCUUCCCAUUCACUAUAAAUAUAUCGGUAAAUCCGGCGUUCCCGGAUGGGACGGCAAUGACGGUGAAGCUUUUGAUGGGGACAAGGACAAGAAAAAGCUCAUAUCGGAUCCCAACUACUUGUGGAUGUAUGUGAUAUUUCCAUAUCUUUUCAGUGGACUGGCCGUCUACCUGCUUCUCCAAGAGACAAACAAAAUCAUCAGCAUAAGACAAAACUAUCUCGGAAGUCAAACCAGCACCACGGAUAGGACGAUUCGGUUGUCUGGCAUUCCCGAGGAGAUGGGCUCCGAGGAGAAGAUAAGGGAAUUUGUGGAAGGUCUGCAAAUUGGCAAGAUCGAGAGCGUUACACUGUGUAGAGAUUGGCACGAACUAGACCUUUUGAUCGAUGAGCGACUCAAAAUACUGCGCAAACUGGAGAGAGCGUGGACAAAACACCUGGGGUAUGAGCGAGCGAAGUCUAACUUGAACACUCUACCCUUAGCAGUACAUCAACCACGAGGCUCGAGCUUGGCAUCAGACGGAGACAGUGAUCGGAUCCAACUUCUAUCAGGGAGCGCACGGGCUCAUAUCUCUGAUUAUGCGUCAAAAAGGCCGACGGUCCGCAUCUGGUAUGGGCCAUUCAAACUGCGGUACAAGAGUAUUGAUGCAAUCGACUAUUACGAGGAGAAAUUGAGGAGGAUCGACGAACAUAUCCAGAUCGCGCGAGAAAAAGAAUACCCCCCUACCGAGCUAGCUUUUGUUACCAUGGAGUCCAUCGCUGCCUCGCAGAUGCUCGUCCAAACCAUUCUCGAUCCCCAUCCUAUGCGUCUUCUUGCCCGACUAGCGCCUGCCCCGGCUGAUGUCGUCUGGAAAAACACGUACCAGCCGCGUUCGCGACGAAUGAUGCAAGCUUGGUUUAUCACAGGGGUGAUCGGGUUUUUAACAAUCUUCUGGUCAGCUCUUCUGGUUCCAUUCGCGUAUCUUUUGAACCUGCAGACGCUCGGCAAAGUAUUCCCUCAGUUGGCCGAUGCACUUGCUCGGCAUGCUAUUCUCGGGUCUCUUGUCCAAACUGGUUUGCCGACCUUGGUUCUCUCGCUGUUGACCGUAGCCGUCCCAUACCUGUACAAUUGGUUAUCUAAUCUGCAAGGAAUGAUGUCGCGGGGCGAUGUGGAGUUAUCGGUCAUAUCCAAGAACUUCUUCUUUUCGUUCUUCAACCUAUUCCUUGUGUUCACUGUGUUCGGAGCAGCAACGACAUUCUACGGCUUUUUGGAUAAGCUGCGAGGCGUGUUCAAAGACGCAACCACCAUUGCAUUUGCACUGGCCCAGACAUUGGAAGGUUUUGCUCCCUUUUAUAUUAACCUUAUUAUCCUGCAAGGAUUAGGAUUGUUCCCCUUCCGACUCCUGGAAUUCGGCAGCGUUGCUCUGUACCCUUUCAACUUCCUGACCGCGAGAACACCUCGAGACUACGCAGAGCUGUCGACUCCCCCUACAUUCAGCUACGGAUACUCCAUCCCGCAGACCAUCCUAAUCCUGGUUAUCUGUGUCGUCUACAGCGUGUUCCCCAGUUCGUGGCUGAUCUGUCUAUUCGGGCUUGUGUACUUCACAAUCGGCCGGUUCAUUUACAAAUACCAGCUACUCUACGCGAUGAACCAUCAGCAACAUUCCACCGGGCGAGCAUGGCCCAUGAUUUGCAACCGGGUAUUGGUUGGAUUGAUGUUUUUCCAGCUAGCAAUGAUCGGCGUCCUGUCCCUUCGCAGGGCAAUCACCCGAUCAUUGCUCCUUGUGCCCCUUCUCGGUGCAACUGUAUGGUUCAGCUAUUUCUUUUCCAGGAGCUAUGAACCACUGAUGAAAUUCAUUGCUCUCAAGAGCAUUGACCGAGACCGCCCCGGUGGCGGGGACAUUUCUCCUUCGCCCUCGGCUACCUUUUCACCCCCAUCUGGUCUCGACCGCGAUGCUCUCCCUCCCUGCUUCGGCGCCCCAGAGCUGAACUCAAGGUUGAGGAAAUAUGUCAAUCCGAGUCUCAUUCUACCGCUCAGUGACGCAUGGCUCCCAGGACACGGCCAGCAGACCAACACUGUUUAA